GAGAUGAUAUACUUAACUUAAUAAGUAAGCAUGUGCCGUCUGCUGUCGAAAGACUAGUGUGCUACACUUCUGCCACCUCCAGCGACUUUAAUUCUACAACCAACAAUGCGGCUGCUCCCUUCUCUGCCGUUGCUCGCCACGGCUGUUUCUGCCCUUACCGUGAGGGUCCCAUCCGUCGCAGAGGACUUGAAGACGCUUGUAGCAGCAUCGUCAUCAGUAGCUGUUGACCUCCGUGCGAGAUGGAGUACAUACCAUGCUCCUAUUCCGUCGAUCGUGGUGAAUGUGACGACGGAGAAGGAUGUUGGCGCCGUUGUCAAGUACUGUGCGAGCCGCAAGAUACCCUUCACGGCUCAGAACGGCGGUAACGGCUGGGGCAAGACGUCCAACCUCGGCAACAACGGCGUCAUCAUCAACUUGGCUGGUCUGAAUGCCGUCACUUUCAGCAAGGCGAAGACGGAAGCCACCAUCGGAGGCGGGGCCAUCAUUGGCGAUACAAUCAAAGCAGCUAAUGCUGCUGGUGUCUUGGUCCAGACAGGCAACUGCAACUGUGUCGGCGCUCUGGGUGCCAUCCUGGGAGGCGGCUACGGAAACCAAAUGGGAGAAGUCGGCUUCGGCGUUGACAACGUGCUCUCGAUGCGCGUCGCAGUCGCCAGCGGUGAGAUCCUCACGGCCUCGCCAACAUCCAACCCAGACCUCUUCUGGGCCCUCCGCGGCGCCGGACCCAACUUCGGCAUCGUCAUAUCGGCGACAGUAAAGGCACGGCCCAUGCCGGCCGAAGGCCGUAACGCAUGGCUCAUGAACCUCUUCUUCUCGCCAGACAAGCUCCCGCAAGUCGCGCAAGCCAUCCAAAACCUCCCCCUGAAGCCGGAGCAGGUCGUCUACCUCGUCCUCACCAACUCGGGACCGCCAUCCAAUGCCCCCGCCGUCCUCGUCACUGGGUUCCUGCGACAAGGCAACGACGUAACUGGGCGUGCAGCCUUCGCGCCGCUGUACAAGCUGGGGCCGAUCUCGAAUAGCAGCAGUGUAGCAGGGUACGAAGGCUGGAACGCAGGAAACGACAACUUUUGCGCGCGCGAGGAGCGUAAGCCGGCAUACAGCACGACCAUCAACCACAUGAAGCCCGAGACGUGGCCGGCGAUCUGGGACUUGUACACCAAGUUCCAGGCAAAGGGGCCCAACUCUGCCGUGCUGAUUGAGCGGUAUAACCUGACCAAGGCGCAGUCUGUACCCAAGGGGUCUGCGGCGCUGCAGGAGGCCUUGAGGAGGGAUGCCUUUGCGCAGGCGAUUGUGAUUCCUUGGUACACUGAUGCCGCUCUGGAUAGCGAGGCUGAGGCGUUUGCGGGCAAGGUUAGGGAUAUUUGGAGUUAUUCGCCGAGUGCGGUGGCGAAUCCGACGUAUGUCAAUUUUGCGCAUGGCGAUGAGACGCCUGAGGCGGUGUAUGGGUCUAGUCUGGCGAGGUUGGGGGAGUUGAAGAAGAAAUGGGAUCCUUUGGGGGCUUUCAAUCAGUGGUUCCCGGUUGGGGCAUGAGAUGCAGGGUCGUCAC